AUGUCUACUUCUGCAGGCCGGCGCAUAGACGAGGAGGCGAAUACAUCAUGGCGCCAACGCUCUGAACUCGAGAAGAUGGCCGAUCUACCACAAAGUCUGGACGAUGAACUUUCACGGCUCGACAAACAGUUUUGGAUCUCCGGUUCUAAACUGAAGGAGAUCGUCAGCCGCUUCAGAGAAGAGUUGGAAGAAGGCCUUACCAAAGACAAGCAGGAGGGCAUCCCUAUGAACAUCACCUGGGUGCAUAAUUUGCCUUCGGGAAAAGAGAAGGGAACGAUAUUGACUAUUGACCUUGGUGGUACGAAUCUGAGGGUUUGCAAAGUAGAUCUGCAUGGAGAUGAAGGCGGGAAAGAAGGAGAUGGGAAGCACAGCAUGGAGCAAGAACAAUACAAGUUACCAGAGGAGAUGAAGACCGGGGAUGCCGAUAGUCUAUGGAACUUCGUUACAGAAAAGGUAGCGGCCUUCAUCCAGGAUCACAAGCUUGAUCAGCAAUACAGCGUGGAGAAGCCCAUGCCAUUGGGUUUCACAUUCAGUUACCCAGCGACACAGAAACGUAUCGACCACGCAGUCCUGCAGACAUGGACCAAGGGUUUCGACAUCAAGGGCGUAGAAGGCCAGGACGCCGCGAAGCAACUUCGAGAGAAGCUGCAAGAAAGGAAGCUACCGGUCGAGUUGAUUUGCGUGAUCAACGAUACCGUCGGUGCCAUGGUGGCCUCCGCCUACAAUGACCCCGAAACGAUCGUUGGCGCUAUUUUUGGUACUGGCUGCAAUGCAGCUUUCAUGGCCAGCCUCUCAAGAAUUGGAAAACUGGACUCCAACGACGACAGAAUCACAGACGCGUCAUCCCACAACGGCGCAACGAAGGGUGAAGAGAAGAUGGCGAUCAAUUGCGAAUAUGGCGCCUUCGAUCAAGCCAAGCGUGUGCUUCCCCUGACAAAGUACGACGAGCAGAUCGACGCAGAGAGCCCGCGACCUGGAGAGCAGACUUUCGAGAAGCUCUCCGCUGGCCUGUACCUAGGCGAGAUCUUUCGUCUCAUACUCGUAGAUCUCCUCGAUCGCAGUCUCGUUUUCAGUCAAGCCUCAGACCAGGGACUACAAAAGCUGCGUGAGCCAUACAGUAUCGAUACAGGCUUCCUAUCUCAGAUAGAAGACGACGAGUCGCCCAAGUUCACCAAAACACGCGAACUCUUCCACUCUACACUCUCGAUCCAGCCCACAGACGUCGAGAUCGAGCUCUCGCGUAGACUAGCUGAGAUGAUCGCUGUGCGUGGUGCGCGACUGUGUGCCUGUGGUGUAGCUGCCAUCUGCACCAUGGAAAGUAUCGAGAAGGGUCAUGUAGCUGCCGACGGGAGUGUGGCAAACAAGCAUCCAAAAUUCAAGAGGAGAUGGGCUAAGGCACUGGGUGAAGUGCUGGGAUGGAAGGAAAAGGACUGUGGAGGAGAUGGCCCGAUUACGAUUACCAGCGCAGAAGACGGGAGUGGAGUUGGUUGCGCGAUUAUUGGGGCUAUGGAGUUAGAGAGAAGGGCGAAGACGAAGACUCACUAA